AUGUCAGGUGGUCCAGUUCCAGUAUGGAAGAAGUAUACCACUCAGUCAACCGGUAUCUGGGAAAGACUAAGACAAAUCUUAGCCUUGGUUCCAAAUAGAUCUAGUGGUAAUCCGAUCGUCAAUCGUUUCAGAGUGCAACCUCCUGGUGAUAGAAUUGAAGAUGCCAAAAAGUAUAUUGAUCCUAUAACUUAUCCAGCAGGUGAUAUUCAAAACAAUCCUUAUCAUAAAAGAGAUUAUAGAAGAAAUUAUCCUCAAGUACAUACUUUUAAUCAAUCUAAAAUCAGUGGUUUAUUGCAAUUAGGUUCAGCUCAAAAUCCAAGAAUUUCAAUUGGUGAUAAAGGUACCAAAGAAUUAUCUGUUUAUAUUGAUUCAACUCAACCAGUUAGUUUAGCAACUACUUUACAAUCUGUUCCAGCUAAUGUCAUAAAAGGUGAAUUAUUAGGUUCUUCAGGUGAACCAAUUGUAGCACCUUCUUUAAACAAAUUUCAAUGGAAAAUUUUAGAAGAGCCUGAGCAUGGUAUGUUUACUGAUCAAUACCCAUGUCGUAUCUUCACAGAAAAGAAAGUUGCAUCCAGUUGA